AUGACAGCUACAACAACUACUACAACAGUUAGUUUACCAAAAAAUACAACAGGACUUUUUGCUGGUGAUACUAUAAAAGAAGUUAAAUCAAUAAGAAAUCAACCAAUUAUAAUAUCACGUCAAUCUCGUCAUACUAGUUCAACUAAUCAAUUAUCAAUAACAUCUGAACAAAAAAAAUCUAAAAUUCAACAACAUUAUCCUAUUGAUAGAAUAAAUGCAUUUAAAAAUGAUACAACAAAUAAUUUUUUUUUAAGUAAAAAUGUUACACGAACUGGUUUUCGACCAUCACCAAUACGUCAUCAAAAAUUAUAUGAAACUAAUUCUUCAACACAGCGAGAUUUAAAAGAUUCAUCAUCAAAACAACCAUUUAAUCCAUCACAUACUUCAAAUAAAUUAAAAUCAGAAAUUGAUCAUCUUAAUAGAAAAUUAACAACACAUGGAGAUUUAAAUAAACUUUUACGAUCUCAACAAAAUCGGGAUACAAUUAGUACUCCACGAAGUGCUUUAUCACAUUCAACAUAUCGUAUUUCAUCUGCAAGUACUAACUAUAUAAUCGAUAGUAGUCAUCAACGUUACCCAUCAGCUAUAACAAAUGGUACCAUAAAUACAUUUAUAUCAAAUCCAGGAACGAUUGAUAUAUCUAGUAAAUCUACACAAAGUCUAUCGGGUAUAACUGAAUCAACACCAACUAUCAAUGAAGAAGAUAAUAAUAAUCGACAUGAAAUCAAUCAUCAAAUAACUCAUGCUUAUCAAAUUCCACAACAAUCAAAUGUUGGAAAUGAAAGUAUUUUUCCAUUAAAUUCAUUACCACCAUCAUCAUUAUCAAAUAAAGCACAUUCAAAAAGAAAAGAUCAUCGUUCUAAAGGAACAAAAUCAGUUUCAUGUCCAUUCUAUGUUAUGUAUUUUACUAAUUUAGCUAUUCAACAACAACAUAGUAAUAAUAAUGAAAAUGAUAAAACAUCAUUAUCAAUAUCAGCAACAACAAUAGGUAAAGGAACAACUAAUCUUCGUACAAAUACAUCUCAUUCACGUCGUCAAUCAAUAAAAAGACAUGUUAAUAGUCCAAUAAGUUUGAAUACUUAUUCAACUACUGAUGAUGACGAUAAUGAGUCAACAACAAAUGCAACAUCAUAUUAUAAUAAUAAACGUUUUUCAGCUAGAAUUGCUGCAUUUGAAAAUGAAAAUUCUCAUUUGUUAAAAGAUAUUCUACGAACUACAUCAUGGAAUCAUUUACAAGUGUAA